CUGGUAUCUUGUUGACCACUAUCUGUUAGCUCAACAUUUCAAUGUUUAUUUUGUAAGGGCCAGUUGAAUAACAGCAUAUUUAUUGUUCCUGUCUAGAAAUGUUUAGUAAAUAUGCACCUAGACUGAGAUGUAGAUGUAACUCACUAAACAAAUCUGUAUCUAUAAGAUGCUUGAGUGACAAAAGUUCUGAUCCAAAUGACCCAGAAAAAGAAAACAAAGUUGUUGCUGAGAAAGAGUAUAAAACCCCUGCAGCUGGUACCUACCACUCCCCAUGGAUUAUUUUAAAAGAAGAGGUGAAGAGCAUCACUGGAGCUUUUACUACAGGUCAUGUGACUCAAGCAAGGAAUGUAGUUCCUAGAGAAGCAGAUAUAUUGGUCAUAGGAGGAGGUCUGGUUGGAAAUUCUGUGGCAUACUGGUUGAAGCAAAGAAAUCCCAAAGGUGUAAAUGUUACAAUAGUGGAAAGGGAUUAUGGUUACACAAGAGCUUCUAGUAUGUUGUCAGCAGGGGGAAUACGCCACCAAUUUAGUCUUCGAGAAAACAUUGAGAUGUCUAUGUUCACAACAGAUUUCAUAAGAAACAUCAGGGAACAUCUUAGUGUAUUAGACCAUGAUCCUCCCGAUGUCCAGUUUAAUCACCAGGGUUAUAUGUUCCUUGCCAAUAAAGAACAAGCAGAGAAUCUGGAAACAUGUGUUAAAUUUCAGAGAGAACUAGGUGCCAAAAUAGAACUGCUGUCAAGAGAGAAAAUAUCACAAAAAUUUCCAUGGGUAAACUUAGAGGGUAUAGAAAUGGCAUCAUAUGGAACACAGGGAGAAGGUUGGUUUGAUCCUUGGCUGCUAUUGAAAGCAUUCAGACAGAAGAAUGUUAAUAAUGAAGUCACCUAUGUGAAAGGGGAAGUGGUUGGGUUCCAACAGACUAAUAAUCCUGGCAGCCAUAUUGGAGCCGCAAAUGAUAUCCAAACUCUCAAUAAUAUUGAUAUAAAAGAUGAGGAGGGAAAUCUUCAUCAGAUGCACUUUUCAUUGGUCAUAAACUGUGCAGGACCAUGGGCUGGAGAGAUAGCAGAAAUGGCAGGAAUUGGAUCAGGGCAAGGUGGCUUAUCUGUUCCUCUUCCUGUGGAACCAAGAAAAAGAUUUGUCUAUGUUAUUCACUGUCCAAAUGGUCCAGGCUUAGAAGCACCUCUGACUGUAGACACAAAUGGAGUCUAUUUCAGAAGAGAAGGUCUAGGUGGAUGUUAUAUAUGUGGAUUGUCCCCUGAAGAGGGUUUCAAGUCAGAGGAUAAAGAACCUGAUAUAAGUAACUUAGAUGUAGAUUACACUUUCUUUGAAGAAAAAAUCUGGCCAAAAUUAGCAUAUAGAUAUCCACAGUUUGAAAAAAUUAAGUUAAAGAGUGCCUGGGCUGGAUAUUAUGAUUAUAACUAUGUAGAUCAGAAUCUGAUUAUUGGACCUCAUCCAAAAUUUAGAAAUUUUUGGUUUGCUAAUGGUAUGAGUGGACACGGUGUACAACAAUCGGUUGCUAUAGGAAGAGCUAUUGGUGAACUAUUCUAUGAUCAUGAUUACACUUCCAUUGACUUGACAAGGUUUGGUUUUGACAGAAUCAUGCAUGAUGAGCCAGUCCUUGAAAAUUUCAUUGUAUAAUGAACCAGUCAUAAAACAUUUCAUUGUAUGAUGAACCAGUCAUGGAAAAUUUCAUUGUAUAAUGAACCAGUCAUAAAACAUUUCAUUGUAUGAUGAACCAGUCAUGGAAAAUUUCAUUGUAUGUCAUGAAAAUGUCCGUGUAAUUAUGAUGAGCCAGUCCUUGAAAAUUCCAUUGUAUAAUGAACCAGUCAUGAAAAUGUCCGUGUAAUUAUGAUGAACCAGUCCUGGAAAAUUUCAUUGUAUGAUGAACCAGUCAUAAAACAUUUCAUUGUAUGAUGAACCAGUCAUGGAAAAUUCCAUUAUAUGAUGAACCAGUACUGAAAACUUGAUUUUAUGGUGAACCAGUCAUGGAAAAUUUUAUUGUGUGGUGAACCCGUCUUAGAAAACUUCAUUGAAUGAUGAACCAACCAUGGAUAAUUUCAUUGUGUAAUGAACCUGUCUUAGAAAACUUCAUUGAAUGAUGAACCAAUCAUGGAUAAUGGAAGAAUAUGAGAAAGGUUAUAUAUUCUUAGUAUCUAAAGAGGGUCUCAGUGGCUGAGUGGUCUAAAAGGUUGAAUAUAUGUAUCACUAGCUAGUCAGUACUGUGGUUGUGAGUUGGAAUCCUGCACGGAGCAGGUGCCCUUGACUAAAAUCUUAAUUGACAAGGGUUGUCAUUUUGAUACCCAAGGUUGGUGGUUCUCUCUAGGUAUUCCUCCAUCAAUGAAUUAAACAUUAACCAAUCAAUCAAUUAAUCAAUCAAUAUAUUAAUAGUAUUAAAAGUAUAAUAAGCAGUUUAUUUAGAAUGAAUAUUUAGUAUUGCCUAGUAUAGCAUUAUCAGUCUAAAAAACUGGAUAACUGCAUAAAGCAUAUAAUUUAGUUAAGGAAUUUGAACUAAAUGUGAUGUUUAGACAGGUUCAGACAAACUGGCAAUGUUUUUUAUUACCUGAUUACCUUUUCAGCCAUGUUUAGUUUUGAGUCAUUAAAAAAAGUUAGGGAGUAUAAAGAUUGAUAUGUUCUCAUUGCUCUCUUAUGUAAUUUCAAACCAUCAGGCCUCUUAAUGAUAGCUUACUCGUGUUAGUAAUUUGAAGAAAAUAAUUACUUUUAUGUAACAACUUUAUAAAUUGUUGAUUUAGAGAAUGUUUAUAAUCCUUGAUAUAUAAGAUAAUAACCAGAUAAUAGAGGAUAGGAUAAUUUGUGUAAAUAAUAUAUUUCUUUAUUUAUAAUAUUCAUACUACUACUAAAUAAUUUCUGUUUUAAAGGAUCUGUGGAAAGACAUGUUAAAUUCUCCAUUGUUGCAUUUGAUUAAUAUGGAUAUACAUUGUGAAACAUGGCAUUAAUUUACAUAUUUAUAUUUUAUGCACCUUUUUUCCACUUUAAUACGGAAUUGACAGUCAUUUUACAUGUUUUAUAUUUUUAUCCAGUUUUUUACACACAAAAUGUGUCA